AUACCAUACGUCAGCCAAACUCCAACGUUAUGCUCAGCCGUGUCUGCUUUCGAAACUCCUGAAACACCAACUACUUCCUCAUUUGUUUAUAUUUUAAUGGUUUUACAAAUCAUGAUCACCAACUGUUCACCAGAAGAAGAGAGGAGAGCCUCAUGAUGGACUUUAGACUAUGUUUAGCUCUAUCUAUUUUCUUGAUGAUCAUAGCAGAUUUGUUUACAAGUGGUGAUCGCAUACCUACCACCCUUGAAGGUCCUUUUCAGCCAGUCACUCACAGCUUCGAUUCCCGGUUGCGGAGAGGCAGUGAUGACUUACCAAUGGAUCAUCCUAGGCUCAGAAGAAAUGUCACCUCAUUUUUCCCAGAACAGAUUUCUCUUGCCAUUUCUUCCCCAACCUCCAUGUGGGUGUCUUGGAUUACAGGGGAUUCCCAGAUUGGUUCCAACGUAACCCCACUUGAUCCUUCAACUGUGGCCAGCGAGGUUUGGUAUGGGAAAAGAAGCCGGAAAUACUCAAGUGUAAAGACGGGGUUUUCAACUGUUUAUAGCCAGUUGUACCCAUUCGAGGGCCUCUUGAACUACACUUCUGGCAUCAUUCACCAUGUGAGGCUUGAUGAUCUUGAACCUGGAACAAAAUAUUAUUACAAGUGUGGGGAUAGUUCUUUUCCAGCUAUGAGUAGAGAGUAUGUCUUUGAAACUUUACCAUUACCUGGCCCAAAAAGGUAUCCUCGUAGAAUAGCGGUUGUUGGAGAUUUGGGUCUGACAAGCAAUACAACGACAACUAUUGAUCAUCUGAUCAGGAACGACCCAUCAAUGAUUUUAAUGGUUGGAGACCUGAGUUAUGCAAAUCAGUACCGUACAACUGGUGGCAAAGGAGUCCCCUGCUUUUCAUGUGCCUUCCCAGAUGCACCAAUUAGAGAGACAUAUCAACCCCGAUGGGAUGGGUGGGGAAGAUUUAUGGAGCCCUUAACAUCAAGAGUUCCUAUGAUGGUGAUUGAAGGCAACCAUGAGAUUGAGCCUCAAGUUGCUGGGAUUACUUUUAAAUCAUAUCUGACAAGAUUUGCUGUUCCCUCAGAGGAGUCUGGCUCUAAGAGUAACUUCUACUACUCUUUUGAUGCUGGUGGAGUACAUUUCAUAAUGUUGGGAGCAUAUGUUGACUACAAUCGCACUGGUGCCCAGUAUGCUUGGCUUGAGAAAGAUUUGCAUCAAGUCGACCGCAGUGUGACCCCUUGGCUGGUAGCUGCAUGGCACCCGCCUUGGUAUAAUAGCUAUUCAUCACACUAUCAGGAAUUUGAAUGCAUGAGGCAGGAGAUGGAGGCACUUCUAUAUCAAUACGGUGUUGAUAUUGUCUUCUCUGGUCAUGUCCAUGCUUAUGAGCGGAUGAAUCGAGUCUACAACUAUACUCUGGAUUCAUGUGGGCCCGUUUACAUAACUGUUGGAGACGGUGGAAAUAUUGAGCAAGUUGAAGUUGACCAUGCAGAUGAUCCUGGAAAAUGCCCUUCAGCACAAGACAAUAUACCAGAAUUUGGAGGGUUGUGCCAUUUGAAUUUCUCUUCCGGCCCUGCCAAAGGCAAGUUUUGUUGGGACCAACAACCAGAGUGGAGUGCAUUUAGAGAAAGCAGCUUUGGGCAUGGAAUACUUGAGGUUGUGAAUUCUACAUAUGCUUUAUGGACUUGGCACAGGAAUCAGGAUAUUUACAAGAGGAAAAGCCGCGGUGACCAAAUAUACAUCGUACGACAACCUCACCUGUGCUCUACUGCUUCCAAAGUGGUAGCAUAGUUUGACAUUGACCCCCAAACACACAUAGAUUUGUUUUCCUGUUUUAUGAGAUUGCUUCAUCAAAUAGUUAAUAAAAGCGUCUUUGAAGCUUUGUACUUCUCAACCAUGUAUGCCUCUCAUUGUUUCUAUCAUUGUUAUCACCUCAGCCUUUGUUUC